GUUGUGGGAGGGGUGCAUGUGGAGGGUGAGGGAGGUAUGGAGGUGAUGAGGCAGGUAGUAGGUGGUACAGGUAGUCACUACACAGCCCAUCUCGCUCACAUUAACAACUUCGACCAUUAUUAGUUUCUUAGUGUAGGAUAGUCAAAAUGCAUUCCACGUUGUUCCUGAUCAUCACUUGUCUUGCUGCUUCAACCUCGGCAAGUUUAGCAGACUACCUCAGCGGCUCUCGGACACUGGGUGAUACACCAGCUCACAGGCCUGCGACCUCUGGUGAUAAUCGUGGUAGUGAUGAACGUCGAAUAUUUGGUACUAAUAACAAUCCAAGUUUAACAUUCCCAGAGUCCUCAGGAAGAGGUUCUUCCACCGAUAACACCCGUAAUGAAGAAAGUGUAUUUGGUACCCAAGGUAUAAGAAUUUCAGGAAGCAGUGAUGCUCUGAGAAUCAGUCCAGGUGUCGGUGUUGCUCAAGUACCUUCAGGAAGCACUCUUGCUGCAGAUACCAGUGCACCUACCUUCGGUCAAGGAAGUAGCAGGGCCCGUCAAGCAGGCAGUGGUCCUGCUCCAGUCAGACGAGUAGAAUCUCUAAUCACUCCUACAGUUACAAAAGUCGUAACUGUUGAUCGCUUCAUCACGUUAACUGACCUGGCAUUCCAUAGUGUGGCAGUGACCCUCACUUCCCUCAGUGUGCAGACUGUCACUACUAGCACACUUGCCGUACUACACACCCCAGUUAAUGAUCACGUUGCUCUGCAGUCUACUGUGGUUCUGCGGCCAUCAUACAUUACUGUAACUUGUGUAAAAUCAGACUUUAGCCUAGUAACAGAAGUCUCUGUGGACCAUGUAACUAUUACUCACACGUCGUACAUAAUCCAGCAAACAACUUACACCACGACAGCCACUCAAGUAUUAACACUAACCUCUCGGUUGGUGAGGACUAUAAUAAGGACUGCAAGAGAGACCCUGACAGACUAUCGCACCGUAACUGAUACUGUUCUAGCUCCUGGCGCCUACUAUGGCUUCCGUUCUGUCAACCUCUAAAAUUUUUCUCCAUAACUACACUGAAUAAUUUGUAGACUAUUUGCACUAAACUUUUCAUGUUACAUAAAACAAUACAUUAAA